AUGUACGCGCUGCGACGGUGGUGCACCGCGAUCUGGACGGUGCUGUCGGCGCUGGCGUUGAUGACGCACGGCGCCACCAUCAAGUUCGACCAGAGCCAGACGGGCGACUACAACUUGCAGAUACACCUGAAAAACAUCGAGCUGUACGCGGUGUUCGACGAUUCCGGCGGCAGCGAAGACGACGUGAGUGACCGGCCGUUUUUUUUAAUAAUAAUAAUAACGCGUACCUAUCCAACAUAAUGUUGUAUUAAUGUUAUACAGGCGCUCGGGCCGAUUAUACGUUUAAAAAAUUAGAAAAACAAUUUUCGAAAAUUAUUCCAAUCAAUGAUUUCGGUCGACUCCCGCGUCCGUUUUACUUUCGUAUCGAGUUGGUUUUUCUGAAAAAUAUCGCAUUGCAAUAGUGACAGUUUAACUACGCGCGAAUAUUGUAUAGUACGGCCAACGGAAAAGACGAACGAGUAUUUCGCGCGCAGACAAAAUUAUCAAAUUGUUGGGGAAAACGAUUUUGCCAAUGGGCAAUGAAUGACCCAACUUAACCGAAUCUGUUGUAGGCGGAUCGGCGGAACCAAUUUCGCGCUUUUAGUUUCGAUACCAUCGAAUACAAGAGGAAGAAUCCCGUUCCUAUUUGUACGUUGGUUUUUUUCGUUGUUUUAAACUUUAAACGCUUAUAUGAAUGCGUAUAAAACAGACACCGAAAGAAAAAAAAAACUAUUUACCAGCAUUAUUGAUCUCUUGCCAUUUUUCGAUCGAAUUAAUAUUUCCGGUAAACAACACAAUCAGUCGAACGUGAUAAAAACUAUGAAAACGCCGCGUCGCACCGCAAUUAAUAUUUGAUCGAUGUUUGCUAGAAUUUUCAUUGCGUGUUACAGUCUGCGAGGGCAUAUUUGAAAUUUCGGCGUGUCCUGUGAAUGACAUGGCAUAUGAGCGUGAAAAUGGUUGGCGAGGUGGUUGAAAGUUAAAACUCCCGAAAGGUAGAUCGCUGCCGCGUCCUUGAUGCACACGCGCCAGACAUACAGAAAAUAACAUCCUCCCGACUGCAGAUUCCACUUGGGAUGGGGAUGGGGCGUCCUAUAGGAGAACUAAAAAACUAACAAACAAACAAACACUAUCCACCCGCAUACAACGUGGUUGAGUUCCACUAAAAUUUUAACACUUCAAUCGGCCUAUGAAAAAAAAAAAUCUCUAGUUCACGAGUUCGGGCCCGUUUGGUCCUGAAAAACGUGUCAGAAUGCAUAGCGCCGAAAAGACACUUACAACCUCGUUUGUUUUGUCGUCACAACGGACGCGACGCUGAGGCGCGGCGGUGUCUGUUUUCGGUUGAAAAUUCGACGACAGCGUACAAAUACAGGCGACGGUUGUCCCUUUGCGCUUCGACGGCUGGCGAAUUCGUUCCGACGUGAAAAACUAACCGCAUAAGACCGGUACGCGCAAUGGCGAAUCCGGUACGCGGUGUGCGCGCUUGGGUAAGAACGCAAAUGCGCGAGUUUAGCGGCGUACUCGCUGUUAAUAAAAUGACUCCGCCGUACGUUGAGACGAACGGCCGAAUCGAUCGCGCGCGCAUCGACAUUCCCGUACAGCGUGCAGCUGAUGAACGGGGGCUCGCGCAGGAUGUUUAAUAUUUUCGGUACGAAUUAUAAAUCGUUCGUGUCGGUUUACGGAUUACUUUUGCGACAUGAUGGACGGGGAAAAAAAACGAAAAAACAGUGAUCAUUUUUUAAUUCGGUUGUCACGGGCAAACAGUACGCUCUUUUUAAAAAAUAAAUUGCCCGACGUUUCUCGCAGACCAUAAGGAAACGCGUUGAUUAUUUAGUUUACAUUGUUGUUUUCGUUCGGUACUGUGCACGGGCAAAUUCGAUUAUUUUACUCGAACGAGUACAAGCACAACACAACGGUUAACUGUAAUUGGCCGGGGGAGGAGGCGAUGGAAGCGAAUAGUUAUGGGUAGACAUGUAACGCGUUAUUUUUUUGUAUUUUUUUUUUUCCCAUUCAAUAAAUCGCUUUACAAAAAAAUUACCCAGUUAUCUUGUGAUUACAGUAUAAUAACAAAUUGUUUUGCCCGAGGUGAACCCGCUCUUAUUAUUUAUUCGUAACGGACACUCAACGUUAAGUAAAAAGUAUUUUUUACCGAUACUAUUAUAAUAAGGUCACACCGCAAUAAAAUUUCAACGGGAAGCUUCGCGGGAUACUUAUUUCCAUAUAGUUAACGCGCGAAAUGAGCAUAUAUAUAUAUGUGAUCAAAUAAUUUUUGAAAAACAAUUUUUUUUUUUCAAUCCGACGUACAUUUAAAUGAAAUUAUUACAAACGUACCUACAUAAUAAUAAUUAGUUAUUUCGAUUUUGAUGGCGUCGAUAAGUGUAUCUUUAAACCAAUAGUAUACUUGUUAGAUAAAUAAUAUUAUUACCAAAUUAUCACUAUGACAAACACCUCUCCAGCGAAAUAAAACAAAACAAAUUUGCAGCCUCGUGAGAAAAAAAAGAUCGAAAUCGGUUUCGAUCUUUUUUUUUUUGUUUCUUUUUUUGGAAUGAUGAAUGAAUACUUCAUACAAAAGUCUUUUUGAAAGUGGAAUUUUGAAAAUUAUAAAUAUAACGAACCGCCUACAAGGUGGAAAUCUUCUUUAAACGAAAAACAACAGCUACAGUUCUGCAUAACCCGCAUAUUUUGUUCUCUCUAUAACGGAAGAAUCAGUUGUUGGCACCGAGCGAUUCCGUUAUGAGGAUGUUUUACUGUAUUUCGAAAAACUAAAAUUCAAGGUUGAAUGUAACCCGUUUUAAAUUCGGAGCAUAGUGGUUCGGAGAUCUAUUGAUUUUACUGUGAUAUGCGUAUUUUUUCAUUUUUUUUUAUUUUUAAUUUGUGUAUAUGUAAACAACUUUUCUACAAGAAAUAUCGCUUCGGUAAGAUUGUAUUUUUCUACCAGAAAUAUUUGUUCAAAUUUCAACAAUACAAGAAAAUGUUGUCUAGUUAAUGAAUAAGAAAUAAGAAAUAAUAAGUCGUUGUUUGAUUCUCUGUACAGUUUUUCUGAUAAUUCCGAGAAAAAACGUAAAGAAAUACGGCAUUUGGGUUUUUUGUUGUUAUUCGAUUAAAAAUUAUUUUAGAAAUCUGUAGGAUGUAAUUUUUUACAAAAUACCUAUAUUGUUCUUUUGUAGACGUAGUCAAAUUUUUAAAACAUUCUAUCCGCUUUUCGAUUUUUUAUCGGUAUUUAGUAUUUUCGUGUUUUUACAUGUAUUUUUUUUUUAUAGAAAUCUGUUAUGAAAAUUACGACUUUAUAACUUGAGGUAAAUGCUUGGAUAUUUAACAGAAGGUAAAUUAUAAAUUGUACUUAGUGAUUUAAAAAACAAAUUCGAUUUUAAUGGAUUAAUUAAUUUUCCAUAAGUGUUUUAAGAUCAAAUUGUGACGAAAAUCGUAAAAAUUAUGGCAUUUCAAAAUAUGUCUAACCGAACUUCGCUUCAAAUCUUUUACUAUUGUGUACAGAGAUACAUCAAAUUAUUUUAUGCGUCCUACCUUCCUAACUUCCCAUAUACAACAGUGGCUACACCCGUCCCCAAUAUAUCAGCUCUAUUUUUACUAUUUUAACUGUUCUGAAUCUGAGCGUAUCCAUUUUGCUUAAUUUUUUUAUUAAAAGCACACCGAUAUCAUUAUUUUAAAUUAUUGCGAUUUUAUUUGACUACCAGAAAUCUUGCAUCAAAAUAUUGAAGUGUUAUUGCAUUUUUUCUAAAAGAAAUUUUAUUUAGAUGGUGCCUAAGAUAAUAGUUUUUUGAUUUUCGGUGAUAUUUUUUUAAUAACUGUGUAAAACUUAAAAAAAAACUUAGGUAAAGGGUAAUGUUUACGGAAAUAACGGUUUCAUUAUUUUUUUUUUUUUUUUUUUGUAAUUCAGUAAAAAUAUUUAUAGAAACCUGUUAUUUUCACAGGAUAUUUAUAUUGGUUUUUUUAGACGUAGUAAAAUGCUUAAAACUUAACCUAACCUGGAGGUUUUUUGUGGUUUUUGGUAGAAUAAUCAAAAUCGAAAUCCAGUGCAUCCUGUAGGAGUAUUUAGUUAUAAAUGUUAACAAUUUAUAAGAAACCACGAUCAGGACGCUUAAAGGACCUGCUCAGUGGCCUGUUUAGGGACCUCUAAAAAUACGAUUUUCUACGUCGUGAUAAUAUGUAUAAGUGUCAAUUUAUAAUUUUAUUUAUAUUUUGUACAAAAACCUGCUGAAUUUUUCGUUUUUCCGUCUAUUUCUAUACAGACAUUUUUAGAGGGAGAGAUUUUUAUUACUUGAAAUAAAUAUUAUUAGAUGAUAUUACUAUAGUUUAAUGAUUUCUCGAGUACAUUACCCCGUAUAACGUUGAUAAAUAUAUGUACGGAAUCGUAUAAAACCGGUUCUGAAACCGGAAUACCUAUAAAUAAAUUUAAAAAUUAAACAUGAGACACGAAAAAAAUCUCAAUUUAAUUCGACCACUUAAAAAUGGCGGAGACGGAACGCGCAUAUCUUUAACACCACCUGCGCGAUUUAUCGACAACAUCACUCCAAAUCAUUAUUCAAUUAUCGCAGCCGAAUCCAUGGGUCGCGGAAACCUGAAACUUUGAACACCGGUCGACACAUUGAUGGAUGGGAGGACCCGUCGUGGGAUCCGAUAAGACUUCGAAGCCGGAUUUUUACAUUUCAACGUUCACACUUGAGUUUUGGACUUUUUGCGACUAUUAUUGAUUGUUUUUGAUUUACGGCCAUUUCGCUAUUGCAUUAGACAAUGCAUACCUGUUUAUUUUUUAAUUCAUCCAGUUUUCAGAAAAUUGUCCCCGUCAAGAGCGGAUUCGAGGGGGAGGUAUACCGUGGGUAAGUUCCGUCCCCGUCUUUUCGAUGGAGGGGGGGGGGAGCGAGUGUCCGGAUAGCCAAAACAACCGCUUUUCGGUCGCGGCGUCGGUAGACGCGUACAUUUGUUCUAAGCCCGAUUUACGUACACGAGGGCGAAAAGUAACGAACAUCACCGUUCGCGCACAGCUUGUUAAUGUUAAAACGUCACAAAAAAUUUGUUGUAUUUGUAUUUUUUUUUUCCUAUUGAGCCAAAACGGUAAAUGUUUCGUUAUUGUCACGCAGUAUGGAGACUUGCCCGACUACACGGAUCCGACCGAAGCUCCGUCAAGACCGCCUUCGGCGACCAGCACGUCCACGACGACAAAGUCGCCGGCGUCGUACGGCAUCAGCACGGCGUCCGCCGUCAGCACUCCGCAGCCGCCACCGUCCGCGCCGUCCGCGCCGUCCGCGCUGCUCGACCCGUACUCGCCGUCCAACAGCGACAAAAUUGUCCAGAUGGUCGAGGCGCUGAUCGCCAGCAACGGUAACACGUCCGACCUGCCCACCGAGCCGCCCGCCGUGGCAGCCAACACGUCGCCGCCAUCGCCGCAGCCACAGCCGUCGUUGCAGGCAUCACCUUCCGCGAUAGCCGCCUCUGUCGCCUCCGCCACGGCCAGUCCGACGACCGGCUCGGCCAACCGCAAGUGCGGCCCAGGAUACUUCAGAGACCCGAUGGGACGGUGCCGGCGCAUCCGGAAACCGCAUUUGCCGUAAGUAUUAAAGUAAAAUUGGGAAAGAAAAAAAAAAAAGGUCGAAUUAUAUUAAAGGAAAUGUGUAAAGAAAAUGGACCACAAGCAAAUUAGCUAUUAAUAUUCGGAGCUAUUCGAGAGAGAUUUUCGAAAUAAAUUUGAUGGUACGUACAUGUCGUGUACGGGGUUCUCGAAAUAGUGACCGUUUUGGGUUUCGUUGAGCGGUCAACACGCUCGACAGUGUGAAUAAUAACAGUGUUACAAUAAUAUAAAUAGUUCUAAAUAUUAUGUUGCAUGAUUGUAGCAUUACAAUCAUUUUUAACCGAAUCGCAACAAAAUGGAGAAUAAUGAAACCGUUAUCGCCGUAAAUGUCACUGACUUUUCCGGAUUUUUCCUAAUUAAAAAUGAGAAAAUUAAUACAAAAAUUACAAUUAUGAAGCGACCUGCUAAUGCACCGACUAGAUAAAAUUUUCUAUCGGGAAAAGACGCUGCAUUUGAAAAUCGGAGCAAGAUAUUCGGUGGUAAAAUUGUUUGCGGGCAGAAAAAAAAACACAUCAUAGUUAACGCCAAUACAUUCCUCGCAGCGCUCAGAAUCUAAAAUGCGCAGUUAACAAAUUUCGUGACGGCACAAUUUUUUUUUUCCACAAAAACAGAUUUAAAAUUCGUAAACAUUCGCAAAAAUUACAAUUAAACCGGACAAACGGGGCGGGGUUGUAUAGUUGUAGUAGCGGCUACGUCACCGGUAACUAACCACUUUGCAUUAAAGACAUUAAUAAAAAAAAACAUCGCCAUAACGGUUUAUCGGGCACGUGUAAAACUCAUCCUUCUCAAAAUUAUUCGCGUACAUUGUAUAUAUUAUUAUAAAAAAAAAAAACAAUAAUAUUAUAAUGGAUGUUUAAUAAUAAUUUUGGGAGCGUUGCAAUAAUAUUGUGACGUCAACAAUCGGUCUGAAACCGUUUAUCGCAGCACGAGACCACCGCCAUCUACCCGGGGAGAUAACACCGAACCGACACGUAAAUCGAUCGUCAUAUUAUAAUAACCCGUUCCGGAAUAUGAUUGUAAUAAUAAUAAUAUAUGACUUGCAAAACGUUUACGAUUAUAUUGUUAGUUUUUUUUUCUUUUUAUCAAAGAAACCAAUAAUCCUAUAUAGAUCCGCGUGACUUAAAAAAACAAAAUUAUCCACGCAUUUUAGAUAUCAGAGCGUGGCAUAGAAUGCGUACGGGUUUUACUAGUACCCAUACAAAUUAUGAUUUUUUUUUUCUGUCUAUGAACAAUGUAUUUACGAUAAUUCUUGCUCCAAUUUUCAAAUUUAGUGUUUUUUUCUGAAAACAAAUUUUUCCUAUUUGGCACAUUUGGGUGAUCAUUUUCAGUUUCUGAGCGAAAAUAGUUAAUCAUUAUUAUUAUUAUUUUUUUUAUACCUAAACAAAUUUUUACUAGUCUUGCUCCGAUUUUUAAGUGUACAACUUUUUAUGAAAGGCAAUUGUAUCUGAGUAGUACUUUAGGGAGGUUAUUAGUUUCAAUUUUAUUUUUUAUUGUGAUCCAGUUAAAAAUUUCUGUAGAGACUUGAAAUUUGGACAGAGAAGUUAUAUUUGCUUUUCCUAGACGUAGCAAAAUUUUCAAAAUAUUUUAGCUAUUUUUGAGCAAUUUAUAGAUACUUUAAUUUUGCGAGUUUUUCACGUAAUUUUUAUUCGGUAGAUCCUCUGUGAAUAAAAUUGUUAGACCAAACAUAAAUAUUUGAAAAUUUAACAAAAGGUUCAUUAUAAAUCGUAGGUACUCAGUGAUAAAAAAAAAAAAAAUCGCGUUUUGUAAUUUUUUUUUCAUAAGUUUUAAAAUCAAAUUUUGACGAAAAUCGUAAAUAUUACGGCCAUUCAAAAAACACGUAUAACCAAAUACUGUUCACACUCGUUUUUAAUUAGGAAAAAAUUAAUCAUUGCGUACAAAUACGAUUUAAAUAACUUUCUGUAUUCGAACCUUCUCAACUUCCCACCAGUUAUCAAUAUCUAUAGGUUUUUUUUUACAUUUUUCAACAAAUUAUACUCGAUUAUAGUUUAUUGUUAAUCAUUGCGAAAUUAUAAUGCUGAUUCCAAUAGACAUGCAACGAUUACAGUAAUAAUUUUAAAUUUAUUUUCAGAUUUUUACAAAUGGUACACACUCCGGGCGUGAUCAAGUCUUUCCAACCACAACAACGAACGGCCGACGAAGUAGGCGCAUCGAAAAAUUAA